ACUCACUCUGCUUACUACUACUAUUUAGUAUUUUCUCAUUCAUUUCUAUCUUUCUUUCUAAACCCCCCACAAACACAAAAAUCCAAGAAAGAAAAGAAAAAAAACUUCCUUCUAGAUUCAUCAGCUUCAGUGUCAUAUUGUUGGUGAUCAAAAGUUAUUAAUGAAACUAUACCAAAAGGGGUUUAUCAAGAAAUGGAGCAUAAGUCAUGGCCUUGGAAGAAAAAAUCUAGUGAGAAAUUAAUGAUUGCAGCUGAUAAAGUAAACAGAGGGAAUGAAGAUGAGGCAAAGUUGGCUGACAAAGUGGAUCUGGAGAGAAAUUUGAGAAUUUUAGAUGAAAAGCUUUCGGCUGCACUCGGUGAGAUUAAUACUAAAGAUGAGAUCGCAAAGAAGCAGACUAAUAUUGCUCGAGAAGCCAUUCAAGGAUGGGAGAAGGCGGAAAUGGAAGUUUUAGCACUUAAGCAAGAACUAGAGAAAGUUACUCGGCAGAAUGUAGCUGAUGGGGAAAGAUUACAUGGUGCUGAUGCAGCAUUGAAGGAAUGUAUGGUGCAGUUGCGAUUUGUUCGUGAAGAACAAGAGAAAAGGAUUCAAGACGCUGUGGAUAAUACAUCAAAAGAAUUUGACAAAAGAAUAAGUAUUCUAGAGGAAAAGUUAGCCGAAUCAAAUAAAAUUAUUUCCAAACUAAGUUUGGAAAACAUGCAACUGGAUACAACUGUUUCUGUAAAGGAAAAGAUGAUUGAUGAAUUACAAUCAGUCAGGGGUCAGUUGGAUUAUGAUCUUAGGGCUGUUGUGAGUCAACUAGAGUCAACACAAAGAGAGCAUUCUUCUUUAAGUUAUGAAGUCCGCGUGCUAGAGAAGGAACUUGAGAUUAGAAACGAAGAGCGGGAGUUUAAUCGAAGAACAUCUGAGGUGGCACACAAGCAAUAUUUAGGAAGUGUGAAGAAAAUUGCAAAGUUGGAGGCAGAGACGCAGAGACUACGCUUGCUUGUUCAAAAACGACUUCCUGGUCCUGCUGAUGUGGCAAAGAUGAAGAAUGCAACUGCAGUUACAAGAAGAAGGUCUAACCCCUUUCCAAUGGUGACGAUGGAUUAUAUAGUUGAUGAUGCUUCUAGUAAAAAGAUCGCUUUCUUGACUGAGCAGUUGUGUUCAUUUGAAGAAGAGAACAGGCUGCUCAAGGAGUUCCUUAACCAGAAAACAAGUGAACUAUCAAAAAGUCAAACAUCUGAAAUGGGUAGCGAUGAAAAGGUUAGCAUGGCUGAAUCUUGGGCACCAUCAUGCUAUACUGCUGGAGCUUCAGAUAUCGGUUUAAUGGAUGAUUUCGUUGAAAUGGAAAAACUGGCGUUAGUUUCUGUUGAGAAACCGUCUGCAAAUUCCAGUCUUGUUCAGGAAAAUCACAUCCAUUGGCUUGAUAACAUACUGAAAGUGGUUGCUGAACAUGCUAACUUAAUGCAACGAAGCUCUACCGAUAUGCUAGACGAUAUCAAAGUCGCAUUGGCAGGAAGAAAUAAAUGCGAUUUCGGUAUGCCGGUUGACAUGAUAGAUGCAAAUGGUGACAUUUCUGAUGAAAAUAUGAACAAAUCGAUACAGAAACUAGUUGAACUCAUUAAAGGAAUUAGAUUGUCUGAUAAGGAUGAUGGCUUAUCCCCAUUCAAGGCAUCAGAAACACCGACAGGGUACACUGUUCAUAUCUUUCAGUGGAAAACUUCUGAGCUUCGGGCUAUUUUGGGUGAAUUUCUUCAAGUUUGUAAUAAAUUGGUAAAUGGGAAGGUUGAUCUGGAUGAUUUUGUCAAAGAGUUGACUUCAGCUAUGGAAUGGAUUGUCAAUCACUGUUUUUCCCUUCAAGAUGUAUCAAGUAUGAAGGACGAAAUCAAGAAGCAUUUUGAGUGGGACGAAACUCGCAGUGAGAGUGAGAUAGAAGGUGGGACCAUUGGACACUUGUCAGAAGUCGAUAAAUUGACUUUUCCAAAAGACCAGUUACCGGGUUGGCCUAUGGCUUCUUCUUGCAUAAAGAAUAAAAGUUUUCACUUGGAACCGAAUGUGAAGGAAGAAGUUAGAAAUUUGAAAGAUGACAUCGCAAAACUUGAAUCUGCAGAUAAGGAUUUGGAAUGUAAGCUUCAGAAAGAGAGUGACAAAUGUGCAUCUCCAACUGUUCAACUUCAAGAAUCAGAGAAAGCUAUUGGAACUCUCAAAGACCAAACUGAAGCAGAUAUAAUGGUGAAAGAUCUUGACAAAUAUCUCAUUAGCACCGUUGAUAAAUGCAACGAGUCUCAUCAAGAACCUACGGCUAUCAAAGAUCAGGAUAUUAGUACUAGCUCUGAUGAAAAGCUUGAUUCCACAAACAUCCAGCCAGAAAGCAUGACAGGAAAGGACUUGAAAGGUUGUGACAUCGAUGGCGAUACAUUGACCAUUCCAAGUGAACAUGCAAUAACUUCUUCAGAAAAGUUGGCUGAGUGUCAAGAAACCAUUUCAAACCUCGGCAAACAGUUGAAGGCAAUGGCUUCUUUGCCUAUACAAACUUCUGUAUCUGAUAGCAGUGAAAUAACCGUAUCAACCUUAACCGACGAAAACAACAACCAGAAAAUCUCAUUACUCGACAAAAUGAUUACUGAGGAUGCAGCAGGAGCUCCACGGUCUCAAAAGACCAAAGGGGUUUCUCGUACUUUAACAUCACCUGCUAUAUUGGAUGGUAAUUCAAACCCCGUGACAGUGAUGUCACCACGGAUGUUUGUAAGCGUUGAAGGAGUGAAAGACGAAAAAGAUGAAGAAGCUUUGGUGAACUUUUUGUCGAUUGUUCCAAACAAGAAGAAAACCGGUGGUGGUGGGAUUCUGAAAAGAUUGUUUUGGAAAAAGAAAAAAUGUAAUAACAAAUAAGUUGUGUGGUGGUGAGCUUUUGGUUGGUUUAGUCUUUUUGUGGAAAUAAUGUUAUGUUUGAGGAAAGGAUUGUAUUGUUGUGGUGAUGUAGAUAUGGUCUCUAACCAGAACAAAUGGAGCUACUAUGAAAUCCUGUUUUCUGUUUGA